AUGCGCUCAGCCGCGCACGUGUUCUAUCUAGCAGUCUUCUCGCUGCUAGGUAGCUCACACGCUGCAAGCCAUGCUACCAAAUCGAGUAGUCCUCCGCCAAACGUCUGCGAUAUAUCGCCUGGAGCGAUAGUAUCCGACGCGUGCGCAAGCUACAACACCCUCGAACAGCUCAACGAAGCCAUCCACCCUUACCUCGAAUCCAUCACGCAGAAUACCGACUUCUUUUCGCAUUACCGAUUAAGCCUGUACAGCAAGAAAUGUCCUUUCUGGGACGACGAGAACGGCAUGUGCGGGAACGUGGCGUGUGCGGUGAACACACUGGACAAUGAAGAGGACAUACCACUGGUCUGGCGCGCGAAGGAACUAGGCAAGCUCGAGGGGCCCACAGCACAGCAUCCUGGCAAGAAGCAACAAAGGGAAGAGAGGAAACGACCGCUCCACGGCAGUCUGGGUGACAAUGUUGACGAGAGCUGUGUGGUGGAAUACGAUGACGAAUGCGACGAGCGCGACUACUGCGUACCGGAGGAUGAGUCGGCGUCGGCAAAGGGAGACUACGUGUCGCUUGUCGACAACCCAGAACGCUUCACCGGAUACGCUGGCGUUGGGGCUCAGCAGGUCUGGGAGGCUAUAUACCGGGAGAACUGCUUCAGCAAGCCCCCAAAGAAUGCGCCCGCGACUGGUAGUUCUUCAACGUCUGGAGGAUCACCUUUUGGCGGUUUCGGAAACCAGCAACAACUACAUGCUGCGAAUCAGCUCAAGAACGUCAUGCAGGAGCAGGGCAAGAAGCAGAAGGUUCAGUCUGCCAUUGCUCACGGCUCUCCUGUAGACAGCCUCGAUCCUGUCGAAUUUGACGACACCUGUCUGGAGAAGCGCGUCUUCCAUCGUGUCAUCUCCGGCAUGCACGCCUCUAUUUCCACGCAUCUCUGCUACGACUACCUCAACCAGACAACAGGAGAGUGGGGACCUAACCUAGCCUGCUACGAGGAACGCCUACAUAACCACCCCGAGCGCAUCAGCAAUGUCUACUUCAACUACGCCCUCGUCAUGCGAGCUGUUGGCAAAAUCACGCGACACAUCUCUGAUUACUCCUUCUGCUCCGAAGACCCCGAACAAGACCACAGCACUAGAAACUCCCUCCUGCGCCUCACGUCUGCUCUUCCCUCCGGUCCCGAGAUCUUCGAUGAAACCGUCAUGUUCAAGGACCCGGACACAAUGGUGUUGAAGGAAGAUUUCCGGAACCGCUUCAGGAAUGUCAGUCGCAUCAUGGAUUGCGUAGGAUGCGACAAGUGUCGACUCUGGGGUAAGUUGCAAACAAAUGGCUACGGAACUGCACUCAAGGUGCUCUUCGAAUUCGACGAGAACGACUCCUCAAGAGACCCGCCGCUCCGCCGUACUGAACUUGUCGCGCUCAUCAACACCUUGAACCGUCUCUCCCACUCACUGUCCGCGAUCAAGGACUUCCGUCGCAUGCUCGAUGAGCGAGAGGGCUUGCCAAAAGAUGUCGCCUCUACACUCCCAGAGACUGACAAGGGAGUGUUGAAGACAAUACUAGCGCUCGGGGACUCUGACGUCGAAGGGCCGAUCGAUGUCCUGACUGGCGGGGAAGACGUGCCAAAUUUCAAGAGGGACUGGGACGCGAGAGAAAUGACAAUGUGGGAGGAGGUCAAAGCCGAGUACAAUUUGGUCAAGAGGACGUUCUUUUACGUUCUGUACCAGUGGUCGCAGCUUCCUGGGCGAUUUACCAAGAUCUUCAUCCUCGAAAUGAGGAGAGUGUACAACUGGUGGAUGGGUUUCGUGCCCGGGCCGAGAAGUUGGGAGAUCCGUAUCCCAAGGCGAGAUGAGCUAUAA